UGGGUGAGGGGGGUGUACAGAGGGAGGGGCUUUAGUGGAAAGAAAAAAGGAAGGUUAAGAGGAAGAAUGCAUUAGACUGAGAGAAAAUAAACCAGACGUCUGCUGGAGAGAAGAUCUCAUUCAAGACGUGAGCAGAAACCAUUCAGACUGCUGUCAAACAGGAUCAAGAUGUUGCUGGUGUCACAGGUCAUGUCCCUCCUCCUCCUCCUCCUCCUCUGUGUGAUGGAGCUCGUCUGCGCCUCAUCUGUCACUCCUUCACUGCAUCAGCCUCCUCUCACACGUGUUCGUAUUAUUGAAGUCGAUGACGACUAUGAUGAAGAAAAUUCAAAGACGACGCACACGCCCCAGUCUCCAGGGGUCACGACCUCUCGUGUAAUCCGCCGCCCUUGUGAUUAUGACCCCUGUGUGGUUCAGGCGACCCCUUGCGACAAGAUUUCAGCCGAGACGGGCUGCCUCUGUCCUGGGCUGACGGGGCCGGAGGAGAGACCCGAGGCUCCGGAGGUCAGGGAGGUGAAGCUGGACAGAUCCGGGGAAGUCUUUGUGCAUUGGUGCGCUCCUCGCUCCACCGUCACUCAUUAUGAGGUCACACUGAAAGAUGGAAGCAAGCAGCUGGUUUUCGGUGAAUAUUUAAGAAACGGUUCCUUACCUGGAGUGAAAGUCGGGGAGAUGGUGUGUGUGGCAGCAGGAAAUAAAGCGGGACUCAGCGAGAAGUCGUGUGCACGAUAUGAGCCGCCGCAACCCGACCAGGCGGCUGUGAGCGCAGGGAUCAUCGCAGGGUGCGUCGGAUUCCUGCUGCUGCUCUCGGUGCUCGCCGUUGUUCUGUGGAGACGAAGGACGUGUCGGAAAGAAAGGAUGGGAGACGCUGAGGGCCUCGGAAAUCCUUCAUACACCAAUGACGGAGCACUGUGAUGAGGAAAUGAAUACAUUGAGAAUGAAACAAAAUGCAAAGAGACUGAGUUCUGUACAAGUGCAGUCAAAAGACUGGAAUAAUUAUAAAUUUUUUCCCCUUCUGUUCAGCAGUGCUGCAUUUAUUUGAUUAAAAAUACAGUUAAAAUUGUGAAACAUUAUUGCAAUUUAAAAUAACUAUUUUCUAUUUGAAUAUAUUUUAAAAUAGAAUUGAUUCCUGGGAUGCAAAGCUGAAUUUUCAGCACCCUUACUCCAGUCUUCAGUGUCACAUGAUCCUUCAGAAAUCAAAUCAAAUUUGCUGAUUUGAUGCUCAAGAAACAUUUUUAUUAUUAUUAUUAUUAUUAUGAUUAUUGAUAACAGUGCUGCUUCAUGUUUGUGUGGAAACUUUUCAUUUUUUAUGCUUCUUUAAUAAAUAAAAAGUUCAAGAAACAGCAUUUAUUUUAUACAUAUAACUAAAUUAUUCCAAUCUUUUGGCCUGUAGUGUAUGUAGUGUCCAGUUAUUGUGCACCUCUCUGUUUUAGGUUCAGUUCUAAACUGCUGUGAUCGGUACCUAAUUAUUGUUAUUGUGAGAUUGUGAGUGAUUUGAAUGUUUGAAGUCAACAUGGAAUCAAAUCUCUUUACUUUCAUAAUUCACCUUAAGUGAACUAUUCAUCAGUGCACAUUGGUCCGAGGAAAAUAAUAUUUGCAUUAAAAAAAAAUCAUCGCUUCACUUCUCAAAUAACUUUCAAAAAAGCUUUUUCAAAAGUGAAUGCAUUCAAAUACAGAACACUUAUCACAUCAGUUCCUGACAGACAAAAUGUCAUUGUAUUGUUUUUUUAAUAACUUAAUAUACUUUUCACUCAAAUACGUCACAUUAUGGAAGUAAAAUGUGUUUUGAUUGUGAUUUUUUGCUGACUUUAACACUACUAAUGUUUCUAUAGCACUUAGGAAGCCUGGAGCUUCAUUAAGCUAGACAGGGUUUUACAAAGUAUCUGUCGUACAGCUACUUUUAAGUAUGUUUAACUAUUUUAAAGAUUACUGAUAAUGUUUUAACAAUAAAGAUUUUUUAAUUGCU